AUGGCCCUUUAUAUGAUUUCUAACAGGGACGAAAAGAGCAUAAUAACAAUGCAGAGUUCACCGGACGAGCUUCCCAACAAUUCCCUUAUUCAUCCUCCAGGGUUUUAUAUUGUUGGUCUGAACUCUAUGGCUUACACCAACAUCUAUGUCAUUUUCCUUUCAGUAGUUUAUGUGUUUACAGUCAUGUCCAAUGUUUUUCUCAUCACCAUUAUUUUCUAUGACCAGCGUCUACAUGUUCCAAAGUUUAUGGCUAUUUGUAACCUAUCAGUGGUUGAUCUCGUGCUCAGCACUUCUCUUGUGCCCAGCAUGAUAAAAAUUUACCUUUUUCUGGACAAUUUUGUACCGUUCAAAUUGUGCUUUGUGCAAAUGUUCACCUACUGUGCUAUUUUAGGCCUAGAAGCCACCUCUUUAUGCAUUUUGGCUUAUGAUAGGCUGAUUGCGAUCUGUUUCCCUUUGAGACAGGAGUCUUUAAACACAAACACCAAAAUGGUGUAUAUCAUUUGUGGGAUUUGGGUUUUUGGCAUUGGUAUUCAGCUGUAUGGUCCUAUAUCCAUGACGCAAUUAUCAUUUUGUGCUUCUGUUAGGGUCAACAGCUAUUUCUGUGAUUUUGCUCCUGUUUUUAGGCUCGCCUGCAAUGAUACGUCACGGCAAUGGAAAUUUGGCACCAGCAUUACUAUAAUCCUUGAGUUUCUCCCUUUUAGUUUUAUUGUCUUGACAUAUACAUGUAUACUGAUCACUGUAUUCAGAAUGAAAAGCAUCCAGAGCAGAUAUAAGGCACUGGCUACGUGCACAGAACAUCUUAUAAUAGUGGCAUUGUUUUUUUUCCCUGUGUUGGUUGUUUUUAAUCUUGGAUUUUUUGGAAUUGUUAUAAACCCCAAUGUAAGGGGGGUGGUCCUGUCCAUGACUUCACUUCUUACGCCCUGUGUCAAUCCCAUUGUCUAUUCUCUGAAAACUAAAGAGAUUAGAAGCAGAGUUUAUUCUUUGUUUACUCAGAGACGGUCUGUUCAACCACUGAAAAUGUAAAGUAACAUGAGAUUGUUUCUAUUGUUUGG